GACAACCGACGUUGGGGCUUUGAGAGCAAGGAAAACAGCUCUGAUUUGAGGAACUAGUGCUUCUCCCUCAGUGCUGGGGAGAAAGCCUGGAGCUGUCUUCUGGGGAACUGUGGAGUGUGCCCCUGGGGACCCAAUAAAGCAGAAGGAAGAUGCUCCAGACCAGUAACUAUAGCCUGGUGCUCUCCCUGCAGUUCCUGCUGCUGUCCUAUGACCUCUUUGUCAAUUCCUUCUCGGAGCUACUCCGGAUGGCUCCUGUCGUCCAGCUGGUGCUCUUCAUCAUCCAGGAUAUCGCAAUCCUCUUCAACAUCAUCAUCAUUUUCCUCAUGUUCUUCAACACCUUCGUCUUCCAGGCUGGCUUGGUCAACCUCCUCUUCCACAAGUUCAAAGGGACCAUCAUCCUCACAGCUGUAUACUUCGCCCUCAGCAUCUCCCUUCAUGUCUGGGUCAUGAACUUACGCUGGCAAAACUCCAACCGCUUUGUCUGGACAGAUGGACUUCAAACGCUGUUUGUAUUCCAGAGACUAGCGGCGGUGUUUUACUGCUACUUCUACAAGCGGACAGCUGUGAGACUGGGCGAUCCUCGCUUCUACCAGGACUCGUUAUGGCUGCGCAGCGAGUUCACCCAAGUCCAAAGGUGACCGCUUCUUGUCACACUGAUGGAUGGAUGCCUUUCCUUCCUGACAGAGGCUACGUUUGUGGCUCUGUGGGGUGGGCGUCAGCCCUAUGCACAGGAAGCACCUUGACUUUACUAGGACAGUCUCAGGCCACUUGUGUUCAGCCGUCAAGAAGGAAGAUCUUCCGUCUUGCAAAUCAAAGUGUUUCCCAAUACAGGCUUCAGUACAUAACUCUCCCUGGCCUCCACCUCGGUUCUGCCCCUUUUCCUUUCCUGCUCUCUGCUCCUCUUCUCACACAAGGCUGUGAGGCUUGAUCCUUGGGAGGCUGUCACUUAGCCUGGUACAGGAGGGGCUCCUGGCACCUGCUUUCUUUGCAGCAAACAUAAUUAAUGGAUGCAAAGAGUGACAUUUCUGAGCUCCUGAGUGAUCACACUGUAGACAUUUAGAUUUUAUACCUAAGGUGGCUUUUUUUACAUUUUAUAAAUAGGAAAUAAAUUGAAUUCUUUUUCCGUA